UAUACCUGAAAGCUGCGAGCUGGUGAAGAAAGAAAGCGUCACAGUCCAAAGCGACUUUCAGAUACGCUUCUGCCCUCGUGCUCAUCUCCUUCCCGAUCCUUCACCCGCACGAUGCCUUCCCGAAGAAGAACCCUCCUGAAGGUCAUCAUUCUCGGCGACAGCGGGGUGGGGAAGACAUCUUUGAUGAAUCAAUAUGUGAAUAAGAAGUUUAGCAAUCAGUACAAAGCUACUAUAGGAGCUGAUUUUUUGACAAAAGAGGUGCAAUUUGAAGAUAGGCUUUUCACCUUACAGAUUUGGGAUACAGCUGGUCAGGAAAGAUUCCAAAGCCUUGGUGUUGCUUUCUAUCGUGGUGCUGAUUGCUGUGUUCUUGUAUAUGAUGUUAAUUCCAUGAAAUCUUUUGACAAUCUCAACAACUGGAGGGAGGAAUUUUUGAUCCAGGCUAGCCCGUCCGAUCCAGAGAAUUUCCCUUUUGUUGUUAUAGGAAACAAGAUAGAUGUGGAUGGUGGGAACGGUAGAGUGGUUUCAGAGAAGAAGGCUCGAGCUUGGUGUGCAUCAAAAGGAAAUAUCCCAUAUUUUGAAACGUCAGCGAAGGAAGGUGUUAAUGUUGAAGAAGCAUUCCAAUGCAUUGCAAAAGAUGCCCUGAAAAGUGGGGAAGAGGAAGAAAUAUAUCUGCCUGACACAAUUGAUGUUGGAAGCAGUAGUCGGCAGCCAUCAUCUGGAUGCGAGUGCUGAUUAUAUUGCCGUUUAGUGUCAAAAAGUAUAUUAUUUGACAUUAUUUGAUCCUGUUUGGCUGUUGCUGCUUGUAUCUUUACUGUAAAUUAAUGUCUGGUUAAGAAUCAACUGGUUCAAUGUUAUCCAUUCGCUGCUUGUUUGGUCCAUGUCCUAAGCAGUCAGAUUAUAUUUGCUUCCCUUGUAUGCUAUUCCUAUAUUGUCAAAGAAACUCUUUUAAGAUCGUCCUGGUUUCUAAGGUUAUUUGUUAUUUU